AUGCCCCGCUCACGACAACCCGCUCGAUUCCCGAGCGAACUUCCCUCCGGGUCGUCAUCGUCGACAUCGCCGGAACGCGCCGCCGAUGAUGAUACGGAUUUCUUCACAGCCCAGGCAAACGAUUCGCAAUCUUCCGUUGGCAUUUCCAAUUACCGUGAUCUCGAUGGGCAAAGCGGGCAGGACAUCAUGCUCCCGCCCAUCGGGCGUCUGCCCCCCGAGAUCCUCAUUGCGAUCUUCGCCCGCCUCAGCUCCCCCUCCGACUUGUUGAAUUGUAUGCUGAGCGUCGCGGCGACGGUGGGGAAUCCGAGCAGCCUGUUUUCCUACUCGGAGCUCAUUAAGCGGUUGAAUCUGUCUGCGCUGACGGAUGUCAGCGACGGCACGGUGGUGCCAUUUGCUCAAUGCAACCGGAUCGAACGGUUAACGUUGACCAACUGCUCGCACCUCUCGGAUACGGGCGUGUCGGGUCUGGUCGAUGGGAACCGGCAUCUGCAGGCGCUGGAUGUCUCAGAUCUUACUUCCCUCACGGAUCACACCUUACAUAUUGUUUCUCAGAAUUGCCCCCGGCUCCAAGGGCUGAAUAUCACCAAUUGCGCCAAGGUGACUGAUGAGUCGCUUAUUGCUGUAUCUGAGAAUUGCCGGCAAAUCAGAAGGUUAAAACUAAACGGCAUCACGCAACUCACUGACCAAACCGUCAUGUCCUUUGCCCAAAACUGUCGAGCCGUCCUCGAAGUCGAUCUACAUAAUUGUAGACUCGUCACCAGCGAAUCCAUUACCGCACUCAUAAAUGCACUCCGGAGUCUCCGAGAACUACGACUGCAAGACUGCAAAAAUAUCGACGAUUCGGCAUUCUUGUCGAUCCCCGAUUAUUUGAUGCUCGAUACCCUUCGCGUACUCGACUUGACGUCAUGUGAUCUCAUUACGGAUGAGUCUGUGGAGCGCAUAAUCAAUGCGGCCCCUCGUCUACGGAAUUUAGUACUUUCGAAAUGUCGGCUCAUCUCAGACCGCGCGGUUCUGUCGAUUUGCAGACUUGGCAAGAACUUGCAUUAUGUGCAUCUGGGCCACUGUUCGAAUAUCACAGACUUUGCGGUGGUACAUCUCGUCAAGUCGUGUAACCGGAUCCGGUACAUUGAUCUGGCCUGUUGUAACAACCUGACAGACCGCAGUGUUCAGCAUCUGGCGACAUUGCCAAAGUUAAGAAGAAUUGGCCUAGUCAAGUGCCAAUCGAUUACCGAUAGAAGUCUCUUUGCCUUGUCUCAGCCAAGGGCGUCGACUCACCCGCUGGGUGUUAGUAGCUUGGAGCGGGUGCAUUUGAGUUACUGUCUCGAGCUGACUUUGGAGGGAAUCCAAGCUCUGCUCAACCAAUGCCCUCGUCUUACCCACCUCAGUUUGACCGGAGUGCACGCAUUCCUGCGACCAGACCUCACAGUACACUGCCGCGCGGCACCAUCGGACUUUACGCAACAACAACGACAGCUGUUCUGCGUUUUCAGCGGCGACGGCGUGGGUCGACUCCGGGAUCGCUUGAACGAGAUCCAUCCUCCUCCAGUCGAGACCAUGUUCGAUGACGAAGAUUUUGAUGAAGACGAAGGCCAGGUGACUGGAGAUUUUCUUCUUUCCUCUUGUGUCUUUUUUUGCAUUGACAGCGGCUAUUGUGAUUACUGUAUUUUCCCACUCCUGUUAUUUUUGUUCUGUCUAUCUGGGAUUAAGCAUUUAAGCAUGUAUAUGAUCUCGAAUUUGUGGCCGUCAUUGACCUUCUCAAUGACUCCCAAAAUAUCCCGCGCCAAUCCAUUGGCCUUUAACCCCUGGCCUGUUACCCUCCUCACAGCAGCCAUCUACCUCGCCUUCGCAAUCCCCUUGCUCGUCAUCCACCAUGUCGUGCCCCCAGCGCCGAACCCCAGCGCCACUCCGCACGGUCUGAACUUAUCGGAAGCAUGGUCGGAUCUGCAGUUGUUGACCAAUGGGUUUCGACCAUAUAAUUCGCACCAGAAUGAUUUAGUUAGGAGGUGGUUGUUAGCACGGAUUGGGGAGAUGACGUCAACAUUUCCGGUAAAUAAUGGAGAUGCGGAUGCGGGGGGCGAUGGAGAGGGAGAGGGAAGACCUGAGGUGGUCGUGUUCGAUGAUUUACAGUCGAAUCUGACGUUCGCGGGGAGCGUGUUUGGGUCCACGGGGUUGGGUGUUUACUUUGAAGGAACGAAUAUCAUGGUUUAUAUCCGGGGUUCUGAAGAUGAGAAGGGUGAUUUCUGGGGAGAUAGUGACUAUGUCUCUGACAAAGGAGGUGUGCUUGUGAACGCGCAUUAUGAUAGUGUGUCUACUGGAUAUGGCGCGACGGACGAUGGAGUCGGCGUUGUGACUUGUUUACAGUUACUGCGGUAUUUCACGACGCCGGGGCAUGCGCCGCAACAUGGACUCGUGGUGCUGUUUAAUAACGGCGAGGAGGAUUUUCUUAACGGUGCGCGCGUGUACAGUCAACAUCCGAUUUCAAAGUUCACGAAGACAUUCCUCAACCUCGAGGGUGCGGGUGCAGGUGGUCGCGCGACGCUGUUCCGCAGCACGGAUGCGGAGAUCACGCACUCGUAUGCGCAGUCGGAGCAUCCGUUUGGAUCGAUUCUCAGUGCGAAUGGAUUCGAAACGGGGUUGAUUCGGAGCCAGACGGAUUAUGUGGUGUUUGAGGGGGAUAUGGGACUCCGUGGCCUGGAUGUUGCGUUUAUGGAGCCCAGAGCGAGGUAUCAUACCGACCAAGAUGAUACGAAGCAUACGAGUGUAGAUUCGCUGUGGCAUAUGCUUUCUGCGGCUGUUGCGACGACGGAGGCGCUUGUUUCUGAGGACAGUGGACCCAAAUCCGGGUCCGGGUCUCGGGCUGUUUGGUUUGAUAUGUUCGGGAGCGCGUUUGUGGUGUUCCGAUUGCAUACGCUUUUCGCGCUGAGUGUGACGUUGCUUGUCGUUGCACCGCUGACGCUGCUCGCUACGAGUAUUGCGCUUGUGAAUGUCGAUCGGAUGUAUCUGUUUCGAUCGACGGCGCUGGGAAAUGGUAUUUCGCUGGGUGGUGCUCGGGGCUUCUUCCGGUUUCCGUUCCUCGUCGGUGUUCCGACGGCUGUGGCGAUUGGGCUGGCGUAUCUGGUUACCAAGAUCAAUCCUUAUAUCGUGCACAGCAGUCCGUACGCUGUGUGGGCUAUGAUUGGCUCUGCAUGGAUAUUCCUAUCGUGGUUCGUCUCGCGGGUUGCUGAUUUCGCGCGGCCGUCUGCUUUCCAUCGCGUGCAUACGCUUACCUGGUUGUUUGUGGCUACGUGGGCGAUGCUGGUUGCUGCGACUGUGUAUGAGAACCAGAGAGGGUUGGCGGGGGGAUACUUUAUCUUCUUCUACUUUGCUGGUGUGUUCCUGGCGACUUGGAUAAGCUAUCUGGAGAUGUUUUUCCUGCCGCGGAAAGCAGAGUACGUGAGUCGUUUUGUUGCGCCGUUGCCGCCGCAGUCGUCGUAUAGCUAUGGGACGAAUAGUCGAUUGGGCACAGCAGUUGCAGACGAGGAUUACAAUCACGUUGAGGAGACUGAGGGCGACGAGGUUGAAGAACCUCCUUCUGAAUCGACGUCUUUACUGCGUGGUGGUCGUGGUAGCGGUGGACACGGACACGGCCACAGGACUACAUUCGCAAAUUACACGCGGGUAGCGUCGAUCAGCCACAGUCUUUCUUCUGACGAUACGAGUUAUUCGGGGGUAUAUGGCCACGAGCAGCCAUGGAGCUCUUAUCUUCCGAAAUGGACCUGGGUAUCCCAAUUCGUUCUCAUCGCGCCUAUCGUUCUCAUGAUGACAGGUCCACUAGCACUUUUACUUACGACGGCACUCCAACAAACCGGCCAAGACGGUAGUCCUGCGCUAUUCAUCUACAUUUGCAUAGCGAGCUUUACAGCCCUUCUAUUCUCACCGCUGGUCCCAUUCAUCCACCGCUACACGCAUCACAUCCCCCUCUUCAUGCUAUCCAUCUUCAUCGGCACAAUGAUAUACAAUCUCGUCGCAUUCCCAUUCUCAGAGUCAAACCGCUUGAAACUCUUCUUCACCCAGGAAGUCGACCUAAACACCGGCGUCAACCACGCAAGUCUGACAGGCGUCAUGCCUUUCGUGCAUGACGUCGCCAGUGACCUUCCCAGUAUCAGUGCUUCUAGCAAGGAUGUUACGUGUGCUCCACUCGCGGACCGCGUGAAGUGCACCUGGCCUGGUCUCCCUCCGCACGUCACCAAUACCUCCGAGUCAACUGAAUACCAAGACUGGCUCUCCUACAAAAUCACCCGCUCGUCCCAGAAACAAUCAGUGCGAAUCAGCAUAACCGGCCAAAAUACCCGCGCGUGCAAACUCGUUUUCGACGAAGACACCCCGGUUCCUGAUUACCACGUGCACGGUUCCGCAUACGACGAAGAUCGCUUCCCGCAUGUAUCGGUUGACGAGGAUGGUAAUCCGCUGGGAACUAGGGAGAUCCGGCUCUGGAGUCGUACUUGGGAUAGGGAGUGGGUUGUUGAUGUUGACCUCCCUACUUCUCCCAAGCUUGAUACCAAGGAGGUGAAGGUGAAAGGGAAAGUGGUGUGUAUGUGGAGCGACCAGAAUGAGAUCGGGAAUAUACCCGCGCUGGAUGAGGUGAGACGGUAUGCGCCUGCUUGGGUGGGAGUUAGUAAGUUGGCGGAUGGGCUUGUGGAGGGGUAUAAGGAAUUUGAGAUCCAAAAUUGA